CCAGAGUGAAAGUAUUUCAGGAUCAGUUAGCACCUCUUUAUUUAACCUUAGUUUAGAUAUUGAAGCACAACUAUUGGAUUCACUCGGAAAACGGAUCGCGUUGACUUGGCUGACGUGAAAAUGUGUGUGUUUUUUUAAAAAGGAAAGAAAUUAAAAGGAUAGUCCAGUUUGGGAAUUAACGAACAAAAAAAAAAAACUAUGCUUUUUCUUUGUGAAAACGAUAAGAAAGGGGUGCUCGGUGUUUAAAAAAAAACCCAAACAAACAAGAGUUGAUAUCUAAAAGAUUUUUUUUUCCUUCUGUUAAAAGAAAAAAUAAAAAAAAGGUGGAAAAGUAAGACGAAAUCUCCCUUGAAACUGGAAUUUGAUUGUACACUUGAGUGCCGGAGAGCAAGAAAGGGGUUAAAGACAGAGAAUUGGAAAGUGUAUCACUAUGGAAGAAAACGAUCAUAGUAACAGAGAAGCGGACCCACAAGAGUCGGGAGACGAGUCCAACAGAGCAAUUAUCCCACUUUUACAAGCGCCGGGGAACCUUCAGCUCCCGCACCGCAUUACUAACUUUUUCAUCGAUAACAUCUUGCGACCGGACUUCGGGCGGAGGAAAGAGGUAACCUUCAGUCGCGAUCAGAGUCAUGCCUCUCGCAGGGAAAACCUCACCCCCUCGGCACCGGGGACGGGGCAGGUUGGAGGGACUGUGGCAGGAGAAGGGAGCUCCAACCCGCACCCUGUCAACGGGGCAAAGAAAGGCGAUAUUGCCAUCGAGGAACCUUUGAAUUCCCGGGGAGAAAGUGGUGAACAGUGUCUAAGCUCGGACUCGGAUAGCUCCCAAGCCAGCUCGACAACACCUUCACAGCCUAUGCUUUGGCCGGCCUGGGUCUAUUGUACUAGAUAUUCGGAUAGGCCCUCGUCAGGACCCCGCUCUCGUAAACCAAAGAAGAAAACCGCCAGCAAAGAGGAUAAGCGACCAAGGACAGCCUUCACAGCUGAACAGCUCCAGAGACUAAAAGCUGAGUUUCAGACAAACCGGUACCUGACCGAGCAACGGAGGCAAAGCCUGGCGCAGGAACUCAGUCUAAAUGAAUCUCAAAUCAAAAUCUGGUUUCAAAACAAACGAGCCAAAAUUAAGAAAGCCAGUGGAAGUAAGAACUCGCUGGCUUUGCACUUAAUGGCGCAGGGACUGUACAAUCACGCCACGACACCGAAAGAUGACAAAUCAGACAGCGAUUAACUUAAAAGAAAACAGAGAAAAUAUACAAUGCAAUAAUUUCAUAGAAUAAGGGCCAGUGUAUAAAAUAUACCAGCAUUAAUGGUUUAAAAAUAUGUAUCAGAUAUAAUUCUGCAAUAUUCUGUAUAUAUUAUUUACAAGUAAGGUGUUGUAAAAACUUACGUUUUUCAAUCUAUGAUCACUUUUGUCGUUUGUUUUCUGAAAUUUUAGAUGCUUCUUUUAAAAAAGAGUGUUUUCAUUACAUUUUAUACCAAGCGCUUUUGAUGGCCACUUGACGUCUAAACACGUUUGACGGUGAAAAAUGAAAAACCAACUUGCUGAAGUCCAAAGAUUUUUUCUGCUGCAUUCAGGCAACUGUGAAUUUAAAUAAAUUGCUGAUUGUUGUGCGAUAUUUUAUUUUUUGUUUGAUUUUCGUAUUGUUUUAUUGUUCUAUUUGGCUGGUUGUUUUGAUUUUGUUGAUUUUUGUAUUGUGUUACGAGGACAUAAGCAAAAGUUGUGAUUUUAUGAAGAGACUCAGUUACACAUUUGAUGUAGGCCCAUACGUAUUUGUUUGAAAGAGUUUUCAAUGCUUAUGCAUGUACUAUGGGGAAAAAACAUCACCGAUUAAUAAUGCGUGCCAGAAUUUUUUUAAAAAAGUUUUUACGAUGACAAAAACUGAAAUAAUUCAAAAUAAGCAAGCCCAUUUCGUCAUACACAAUCCGUUCGGCACUGAAAUCAAUGUGCGUUCAAACAGGGUAACUUUGGAAUAAAAAAUAAUAAAAGUAUUUUUCUAACACAGUAACGUUUUUAUAACAUAGAUUGGCGUGAUCAAAACUAGGUAACUGUGUCACCAUGUCAACUGAGUGUUCCCCGAUCGAAAACAUGCUCUUCGGACGUUUUCGAGUCAAAUGUUUCAGUAUAUUGCUGUAAAAUAUAUUUGCAAUCAUUUUCUAAAUUCUGAGAUGUGACUAAAACAAUCGGCGCGAUUUUAAUAUUUACACGCUUUAAAAACGCACAAAUUCAAUAAAGAUUCAAUAAAGGACGAAUCUCCGAUUUCAUGUGACCCGUUUUAUCGUAUUUCAAGAACUAUACAUUUUCAGAUUUUUUUUCUUUUUAACAGGAAAAACGUUUAUUAUAUUAAAGAGCAAUACAAUGAUUUGACAAUUUUUGUAGUGCGAAAAGUUCGCAUUGAUAUAACACUGCCUAAGACCGAAAGAAGACGACCUGUUAGCAUAAAGACAAUGAUUUAAUAUUCUUACGCUACACUCUUGGUACUUGGACAUACAUAAUGUCAGUGCCCAAACAAAGGACGUUUAUGCACGUUCGAAUAUAUCUGAUAAGGAUUCAAAUAAGUUUCUCCCUCGUUUAUUAAAAUAGAUAAAGGAUACCGCUUUGUUGUUGUUUGCAAUGAACUGAGUAUUUGUUGACUUUGUAUUUAUAUAGAUUAUAUUGAAAAUCUAUCCAAUGACCCAUUUUGCUUUUUCGAGAGUAGAUUCUGGGGUGUUUACACUACUUAUUUAUCAUGCAAUAACGUUUUUCUUUUGGUGAAUGAAGACGUUUUUGGGGCCCGUGCACGAGAGCUGCAAUUUGAUGUAUCUGGGCAAAAGUUACCUGUAUAAACCUGGAACCUAGGCGACGACAUUAAAAUGAGGUUUUUACGUUUUAGACUGUAUCCAUACCAAAUUGUGGAUUUUUUUUGUGUGACUUGUGUUUAAGUGUAUAUCUGAAAAGUGUGUAUGAAUUUGAAUCCACCAAACUAAACACACUUUGCCUUAAAAGUUCAAAUGUGAACUUUUUACAUCUCUUUAUGAAACAGAACUGUGCUGAAAACAAAAAAAAAGUAUUACAUUAAAUGCAUUCUAGUCGUGUCAAAAAUGCCUUUUAUUUUAAUAGCUGGGACGACACACUUCGAACAGCUAAAAAGUCUAUAGAGAAAUAUGUAAAAAAUAAUAUUUGCGUUGAGUACAACGCGAUGGAUUUUUAUUUUAUGUGUUUGUUUUAAAGUAUUCUUUGGUAUAAAAAUAUAAUGUAAAUACUUUGUAUCAUUUAUGUUUAAUUGUGUAAUUAACUGCCUCCUCAGAACUGGAAAAGCAAAUAAAC